AUGUCGAACACGCAAACGGAAAUGAAAGCCGUGCACUACGAGGGCGCCUUCAAGGUGUCUGUCAAGACUGUACCCUUGCCAAAGCUCGAACACCCUGAUGAUGCUAUCAUCAAGGUCACUACUGCUGCAAUUUGCGGCAGUGACUUGCACAUGUACCAAGGUCGAACAGCUGCUGAGUCAGGUCUCGUCUUUGGUCAUGAGAACAUGGGAGUUGUCACCGAGGUGGGCUCUGGAGUAACACUACUCAAGAAAGGAGACCGCAUUGUGCUUCCUUUCAAUGUGGCAGACGGCAGAUGCAGAAACUGUGAGAACGGCAAGACGGCGUUUUGCACUGGUGUCAAUCCUGGAUUCGCAGGAGGUGCUUAUGGGUAUGUAGCUAUGGGCCCAUACCAGGGUGGCCAGGCACAGUACCUUCGUGUACCUUAUGCCGACUUUAAUGCUCUUGUGCUGCCUCCUGGCACCGAACACGAGGCCGAUUUUGCUCUCCUUGCUGAUAUCUUCCCGACCGGCUGGCACGGUCUUCAACUGUCUGGCUUCCAGCCUGGUGACAGCGUAGCAGUCUUUGGAGCCGGCCCAGUCGGUCUGAUGGCUGCUUACUCUGCAGUUUUGAGAGGUGCUAGUAAGGUGUUUGUCGUUGACCAAGUCAAGGAGAGACUGGAUGCUGCAAGAAAAAUCGGAUGUGAGGGCAUUGACUUCACCAAGGGCGAUCCUGUAGAGCAGAUCAUCAAGGCCAAUGGUGGAGAGAUGGUUGACCGUGCUGUCGACGCCGUCGGCUACCAAGCUGUUGACAAGAGCGGCAACAAGGAGCAACCUAACAUCGUUCUUGACCAGCUCAUCAUGGUCACCAGACCUACUGGUGGUCUCGGCAUCCCUGGUCUCUACGUCCCAUCUGACCCUGGUGCUCCAGACUCGCAAUCUGCCAAGGGACAGAUCCUCAUCUCUUUCGGCAAGCUCUUCGAGAAGGGAUUGUUCCUCGGCACUGGCCAAUGCAACGUCAAGGCCUACAACCGUCAACUCCGCGACCUCAUCAUCUCCGGACGUGCUAAGCCAUCUUUCGUCGUUUCUCACGAGGUCGACAUUGACGAGGCUGUCGAUGCUUAUGACAAGUUCGACAAGAGAAUCGAUGGCUACACCAAGGUCUUGCUUCACCCUAACGGACCAUUGGACAAGUUCUCCAUCUAG